AUGGCUCAUGACUCAUACCGUCACUUCUCGCAGGACCCAAGUCUCGGCGACGCAUUUUUCAGACUCAUGAGGUGGUCUGACGCUGCCGCUUCCGGCAAUGAUUUCAAUGUGGGAUAUUACGCGAGUGCCUUGAAGACGUCUGGGGCCGCGUCGGUGACCAAAACAAUAGCCUCCCUCCAGAAUCAAAUGAUUGGCAUGGUCUGGGAUACGGUCUUCCGUUGGAAAGGACCAGCCCUGCUGUCUCAGAGGCUGACUGUGUUGCCUGUGCCUUCCAUUGACUUGACUUCGUUGCCUGCGAAGUUCGACCCAUCGGAGUUGCCAGAGUCCUUCGAGUUCAGCCCUCUUGUGCGGCUGGAGCUGGAGGUUGUGCAGGUGCUGUUGAAAGAAGUUCCAGCGGAGGACGGAUCGCUUGUACUUACCGCGUGCCACUGA